CGGGGCUUUCCCCGCCCAAUAUGGUAAUGACCCCUGUUCAGUUGAAUAGAUGCUCCUCAGCAUCCAUUGGUUAAGCAGUGUCAUUGAAUGGCAUAAACCUGGCCCCUUUGUUACGGCUCAUUGUUACUGGCUGGUACCACGGUCCGUCCUGUUUUCUAUUCUCUUGUUACUAUUGGUUUGUUAUGAGGGAUCUCUCGGAGGGGAAGGAGUGUGCUGCUUGGAGCGCAUCUUACUCUGGGGGAUGGGGUUCUGUUUUCUCCUGAGUUUAAAACCAAUAUUUCCGGUGUUACCAUUUGUGGAGCGAAAGCAGCGACUCAUUUAUCAGCCAGAAGAUGGCACUGUUCUUGAGCUCUACACAGCAUGCUGUACUUUAGAAAAAAAGAUGCUUUCAAGGAAUAAUGGGUCUCCACUGAAGUACAUUGUAUUGUAAUACUUCUGGAUACAGAACACUCCCAGCUUUGAGAAAACAAAUCCGGUUUGCUGACAUCACAACAUACACGUUUCAGUAAGGGUAAAGUGUAUCAUUUACAUUUUGAAGGCGUGGCUUCUCAGUUUAACCAUUGCUCAGGGAAGUAGUCUGGAGCUGGACGGUAAUAACAAUCCUUCUUAGUUCUGUAUACAAAUCCCCAUCCUUGCAUGCCUCUUUCCUCUGCCAGAAAGUCUUACUGUUCCUAGAAACAAACAAUAUGAGUUUCUUCUCGCGAGUUUUCAGAUCCAGCAGAAAAAAGUCAGACUACAAGCCACCCAGCUCUUCACAGCAGCCAGAACCACCUGAAGAAGACAUUCAGUGCGUUAAUGUUCUAAUUGUGGGUGCUGGAAGUCGUGGAGAAUGUUAUUCCCGGUAUGCUGUAUAUUUCCCCAAGCGAAUGAAGGUGGUUGGUGUUGCUGAUCCCCGCUCAUGCACAAGAGAUGACUUUAAAAAAACUCACAAUAUCGAUGAUGACAAAAUAUUUGAAGACUGGAGAGACGCAGCAGCCAGAGAAAAAUUUGCUGACGCAGUAGUUAUUGCGACCCCAGACCGAGUGCAUAAGGAUCCAGCAGUAGCCUUUGCUAGGAAACAGUACCAUAUUUUUCUGGAAAAGCCUAUGGCAGUUACCCCUGAAGACUGUUCAGAAAUUGUAUCGGUGUGCAAGGAGAAUGGAGUCAUGCUUACGGUGGGACAUGUCAUGCGCUAUCAUCCUGUCUCACGGGAAAUAAAGGCAUUGGUAGAGUCUGGUGUUAUUGGAGAUGUUGUACACAUUCAACAUUUAGAACCCGUUGGGGACUGGCAUUUUGCUCACUCUUAUGUUAGAGGAAAUUGGCGGAAAGAAGAGGAGAGCACAUUCUCACUUCUUGCCAAGUCAUGCCAUGAUAUUGACCUCAUAUGCUUUUGGACUGGAAAGAAAAGAUGCGUGAAGGUUUCUUCUUUUGGGACUCUGUCACAUUUUACUAAGGAAAAUAAGCCCAAGGGCGCCAGCAGUCGCUGUAUGGAUUGUUCAGUUGAAGAAAAGUGUCCGUUUUCUGCAAAGAAGAUUUAUCUCAAGAGAGCAGAGCAGGGUUCUUUUAUGUGGCCAGUAUCUGUGGUAUGCAGUAAUGGUGUUUACGAUAUCGAAUCACUAACAGAAGCAUUAAAGACAGGACCAUAUGGAAGAUGUGUUUACGAAUGUGACAAUGAUGUUGUCUCCAACCAGGUCGUUAAUAUGGAGUUUGAGGGUGGGAUGACUGCUGCAUUUACUAUGAUGGCCUUCACGCAUGCUCUAGGAGUAAGAACUACCACAAUCUAUGGAUCUAAGGGUGAAUUAAAUUGUCGGGGAAAUGGACCAAUUCGAGUAUUUGAUUUUCUCACCAGGAAGGAGACAGAGUAUGCCGCUCCAAAGCCUGCCUUUAUCCCAAUGGGAUUAAUGGCGCACGGUGGAGCAGACUAUCACAUCAUGGAGAGCUUUAUUUCUGCUGUUGCUAAUAAUGACCCUUCGCGUAUACUUUCUGGCCCUGAUGAAACCCUUAGAAGUCACCUGCUGGUGUUUGAGGCUGAGAGAUCAAGAAAGGAGAGCAUAGUAGUGCAUCUAGCCAAUGACAAGCUAGAAUGAAUAGAAAGCAUUACUUUAUGUAUGUUUUAUAUGCCUGGCGCUGUUUAUUUUAGAAUUAAUACAGUACAAUAUAUUAUGUGUCUGGUCAUUUGCUGUACUAUUUGCUGGCUUUAACAAAAGCUCAUGUUAGAUCCAUGUACAGGUAUGGGAUCCGUUAUUUGGAAACCCGUUAUUCAGAAAGAUCUGAUUUACAGAAAGGCCAUCUCCCGUAGACUCUGUUUUAUACAAAUAAUCCAAAUUUUUAAAAAAUUAUUUCCUUUUUCUCUGUAAUAAUAAAUAUUACCCUGUACUUGAUCCAAACUAAGAUAUAAUGAACCCUUAUUGGAAGCAAAACCAGCCUAUUGGGUUUAUUUAAGUUUUACAAGAUUUUCUAGUAGAUGUAAGGUAUGAAGAUCCAAAUUACAGAAAGAUCUGGUUUCCAGAAAGCCCCAGGUCUUGAGCAUUCUGGAUAAUUGGCCCCAUACCUGUACUGCCAUUUAAAAACUAACCGUUAUGUUUUGGGGGAAAAGUCAAUUGUAUAAUAAUACCCAUUGUAUAAUAAAACCAUAUUAUAUAA